GGUAACUAAUGUUGGCAAAUUACAUGUUGACAUUGCAAGACGGUUGACUUGACCAAGACUGAACCGUGGUUAGUUUUUGACUUACCUCCCUCUGUUUCUUCUGAAUUUCCGAGAUAGAUCGAAUCAACAGUAACACCAUCUCAUUUCAGCUGGAAGAAGAAGGAGGAAUCGAUUCCUCUCGAAUUCGAUGAUGGAAGAGAGUAGUAACCAAUCGCGUUACGUGAAGCUCACAAAAGACCAGGCUCCUCUCGAAGAAGACAUUGUCCCUGGUGAACUCAAUCAACCCAUCGAGGUUCCUCAGUUGGCUGUUCGCAAGUGCCAUGAAUGUAGACAGCCUCUACCUGAAAGCUAUGCACCUCCUGCUGAUGAACCUUGGAUGACUGGGAUCUUUGCUUGUGCUGAAGACAGGGAAAGUUGCUUGACAGGACUAUUUUGUCCUUGUGUAUUAUUUGGGCGCAAUUUCGAGAGCUUGAGAGAAGACGUUCCUUGGACCGGGCCAUGCAUUUGUCAUGCCAUUUUUGUUGAAGGUGGCAUUUCUCUUGCUAUAGCAACUGUAGUUGCGACUUCCGUCAUUUCUGGUAUUGACCCAGGGACAACAUGUCUCAUUUAUGAGGGUUUAUUUUUUACAUGGUGGAUGUGUGGCAUUCAUAAUGGUCAAGUUCGACAAACACUGCAGAAGAAAUAUCACUUGAAGAAUUCACCUUGUAGUGCAUGCUGUGUGCACUGCUGCUUGCACUGGUGUGCCUUGUGUCAGGAGCACAGGGAGAUGAAGGGAAGGCUCUCAGACAAUGUUUUCUCAGAAAUGACUGUUGUGAACCCUCCUCCCAUUCAAGAGAUGAAGUCUACUGAUAAUGAUGAUAAGGAAAAUCCUGAAACCUCUUCAGCUAACAACAAUGAGCACACUGAUUUGGAGAUGCAUCCUAUAUAAGCCAUAACAUUGUUAAUACUCAAAGAAACUAAAAGAUAUUAUGUUUCUUAUUAUACUUUUUUGUAGAAAAAAUUUUCCUUAGACCUUUGGCUUGAGUUCUUCUUCCUGUUGCAUUCGACAUGUUGGCCAUUGAAGCAACUCAAAUCUGCUUUAGAGAGCCAAUUUAUGCCGAAUCCUAAAUUUUUUUUUAUGGCUUUUCCAGAUUCAAACAUUGACCCACCUUUUAAAGGUGGAGUAUCUUUUUAUUGUUGCCUUUAGGGUUUACUUUUCAUCAAUUAUGUUUUACUGUCAA